AUGGACUUCUGGAGCUCUCCGAUCAACCCUACGGAGGUUGCUGGUACACCGGCCGAGGCGCCGGUUCAGCAGCAGAGCUUGAACGAUGAGGUUACCGAAGUGAUGGGCUCGUUGAAUAAGUUCUGGGGAGGGUUCAGGCGGCAGAGCCAAGCUGCAUUCGAGAUUGCUCGCAAGGAUCUAGGACAAUACGCUACACAAGCCCAACAACAAGCAGCGCAGAUCGCUUCCCAGGCCCAGACCCAAGCCCAACAACUCGCCGCACAAGCGCAGGAACAAGCCGCAAACAUCGCCACCCAAGCCCAGCACGAGCUCAAUCGAUCACUAGGCUCGCCCACGACCGAAACACCACCAGAAGGCGCAGCCGACUCGACCGCGUCCUCGUCGUCCACUCUCCCCGCCGAACCGAUAUCUCCAUCUUCCACGAACUUGUUCUCUCGUCUCCAGGCUUCGCUUCCGCCACACCUAGUGCAGACUUUGCAGUCUAACCUGCCCGAGAGUAUUCGGCACGCGCCCGAACAGCUCAACCUCACCCAGCUCCGCAGCACUCUCCAACAAGUUCGCAUCACGGACGCAACAUCCCGCGGCGAAGAACUCCUUCACCGCGCCGGCGACUUUCUGACAAAUGCCGUACGCGUUGUGCCGCCUUCGCCAGACGACAAUGCGCCAUCCGCCACAGCACAGGGCAAAGCGCGCGAGGCGGCCAUCGGCACGCGCAAGGAUGCGUUGAUGCGCGCGUUGAGGACCAAUCCUGCGAUCUUAAAGGUCGACCCGUGCGCGGAGAAGAACUCAGAGGCGCUGUUCAGAUCUUGGGAGGAGAAGCAGGUCACGAGCGCUGAAGGCGGUAUCUUGGGUGCGGAGUGGAAUGAUAGGCGCGCGGCAGAGUUGAAGGAUGCCGGCGAGGAUCUGCUCGGGACGCGAGAUGCACUGGUGCCGGGAGAUAUGAACGAGGAAACAUUCUGGACACGGUACUUUUUCCGCGCGUACCAGAUCGCGCAGGACGAAGAACGGCGGAAAGCACUGCUCGCCGGAUCGGCCGCGAAUGAUGAGGACUUCAGCUGGGAAGAUGAAGAGGACUCGUCUUCCGCCCCAUCUUCUCCCACCGACACACUCCGCGAUCGGGCCGCAUCUGUGACGAACGAGCAGAAGGCUGCGGCAGCGGCGGCGGCGACGCCCGUGGCGAAGAGCGCUCAGUUAACUGCUUCGGCGUCUACGAGUCCGCCGCAGAGUGAGGCGAGUUAUGAUAUUGUUUCGGGGCAUGUUAGUACUGCGAGUGAGGGCGCUGCACCAGUUGCGAAGGCGCCUGCGAAGGCGAAGGCAGAUGCUGGGAAGGCUGAGUCUGAUGAAGAGGACGAGGACGAUGAUGACGAGGAGGAUGACGAGGAAGAAGAGAGCGAGGAGAGUGAUUGGGAGUGA